AUGUAGGAACUUGGGGACUCUGGAUUGUUCAAAGAAUUUGUUUACUGGUUUCGUCAUUUUCACACUGGGAAAGAUCUAGAGCGCUUUACUUGCAAAAUAACAACUUUACUAAAUUUGAACCGUGUGUGAAGAAGAAAGGUGAUGUACUUGAGAUAUCUUCAGCUGAGUAGUGAUAAAGGAUACCGAGGUGGGAAGAGCAACUCAGGAAAGGAUUUGCCUUGGUUUGUUUCACUUUGAGAAGAGAAGAACCCAGGAACACUGAUGAUCUAAGAAAUACAAACGCUGAUACUCAAUUCAUUUUGUGAUCCUGCCUUUCUGCUCAGCUGGACCUCGGUGACACUCUCCAUUCUUUUGCACUCGGGAACAUUUUUCUUUGUAUGUGGAGCUGAGACCUGGGAAUGCGUUAUCAUGGCAGCAGUUGUACAGCAGAAUGAGCUUGUGUUUGAAUUUGCCAGCAACGUCAUGGAGGAUGAGCAGCAGCUUGGUGAUCCAUCCAUUUUCCCUGCUGUCAUCGUGGAGCAUGUUCCUAGUGCAGAACUGCUACAUAACUACUCUGGCUUAACCUGUGUGGAUGAACCUAGUGACAUGAUCACUGAAAACUCUCUGGACGUUGCAGAAGAGCAAAUCAUAGAAGAUGAUGAUAUCACCCUCACAGGUUGGCAAUAAAAACAUUUUCUGUG